AUGACAAGUCUGACAAGUCAGCAACGAUCCGGUCUGGAAACUACGCCAGACCGAAAACGGGUGACCGGUCCUCUAUGGUAUCGAAGCCGUUGUGUCUUGAAGCCGUCGGGUCUUAUCAAAACCCAAGCCUUCUGGUUUCUGGAUGCUACCUUGGCUCAACCCCAAUUGCUUACCAAGGCGUUUCUUAUGGGGUCUUGCUCUUGUUCCCGCGCACCACUUUCAUUGCUUUUCCCAACCUGCAAUUCUGCACUGGACAAGCACGAUUGCCGUAUUCCCGUUGCUUCAGGUUGCUCGCUGACUUGCUUCAUAGGGAGUCAGGAGAAAGGCUUCAGGAUUGAGGAAACAUCCGUAUCCGUACGAACACGCAGCAAGAAAAGAGAAGAAGAACCAACCUACGUAGUACAAAUACAGAGUUGCAGAGUACGGAUACAAUCCAUGGAUCUGCGUCGCAACCGACAAAGCCUCCACGAGUCCACCCCCGUGCCUUGCCCCGUAGUGCACACCCCAGGUUGUACCGAUUGGCCUUAUUCGCGGCUCGCCCUGGUUGGCACCCUGCUUCGUUCUCGCAGGGCUUCCCACGACCUCCCACACACACCACUCUCACCUCACCCCCGAGAAAAAACUCUGGCCACCCCCCCUAGUCCAUUGCCGGCGGUCUUGGCCCAGGGCGGACAGGGCCUGUCUGCGUGGGAUAGCCCAGACGUCCCAAGCCGCAGCCUGUGGCCUCCUUCUCUCGCAGACUCGCACUCCUUGGAGAGUCUCUGGACCAUGGGCUUUUUUGGCCGCGUCGGGCGAGUCCAGCCGUACCCGUUUAGCUUGCCCGCCACAAGCAGGGCUAGUCGCCAUGCCGCCCGCAACGCAACUCUGCGCAGACAUGCUGUCCUUUCCGAUCACCCUGCGACGGCCCUUUGCGCUCAUUUUCGAGGCUUCGCUCAUACGAGGAGCCAGCCGACAGGCUUCUUAAUACGACAAUCAUCGACCGUCGACUGCAACUCGCCAACUUCUAGUGAAGUGCUGCUCUCGGUUCCCAUCCACGACGACUACGACUACGUCCAGGCUCAGGCCCUCCAAUUGCCGAUUCGGCGAUAA